AUGCCGACAUCUAGUCAAGCCUUGAUAGUUAUCACAGAUGAAGGGGAGGAUCCUAGGGUGCCAAGGAGACACUAUCCAGCAACUGCCCCUAAUUAUCCUUUGAUAAAUAUUGGAAAUUCCGAUAGUUCUAGCAAGAGCAAACUACCAGGAUUGAAAAACACUGCAAAAGGAUCAGGUUUUCAGAAUCUAGUCAACGUAAAAGCUUCAGAAAAACGACGAGCACAGUUGGAAAAUCUUGGUGUCAGAAAGAGAAGACCAACAGGAAUUGUGUCAGGACAGAGUUCAAGGGAUAUAAUAUCAUGCUCCUCAACUGUACUUCCAAAAGAUGCCAAGUUUAUGCCAUCACCUCCUGGCCAGAAGCCACGCCCGAUACCAAUAGGAAAAAUCAGUCGAGACAACGUCGGUGAUAUGUGUGCUACCGCUGCAGUAAAUGACAGACUGGUUCCAAAAGAAAAAAAGAAAUCUCUACUUGACGAAUUAAAAGAAGCAGUUUCAUAUGGCAAAAGAUUGUUUCCUUCUAUGCAAAUGAGAAAGUCUCUACCUACUCCAAGUCCCAACAGCGUGUGUUUCAGUCUCAGGAGCAAUGAGGAAUACACACACCAAGAAAUAAUGGACUUGAUUAAGAAUAAAACUGGUUUCAAACCACGCACUAUCCAGAUGCCCUCUACAGAAGCACAAAACUGUAUUGAUGAUUCCAAUAUCGGUAUGAAAUCAUUUGAAUUUGUCUUCAUGUUUAACAAGAGUACAGGAAGCCCGAAAGUUUACUAUUUAAUGGUGGACCCUGUCGGAAAAUGUCGACUUUUCCCCAAAACGAACACGGUUCUUUUCCCAAAGUUGAAAAAUCUUGUGAACUUUCGAGUAGUUGUCUUAGAUGAUUGUUUAUAUGUGAUUGGUGGUAAAGACUGGGAAACGGGAGAACAUAUAAAUAAAACAUGGAGGUACGACCCCGCAAACAGUCGUUGGAGUCAAAGAGCUAAUUUGAUCAAUGCAAGAUGCCGCCAUACAGCAACAGUACUAAAUGGAUGUAUUUACAUUACAGGGGGAGAAGUAAUUGGAGGGAAAGUUACAGAAAGUUGUGAAUGUUAUGACCCAGUUAAAGACAAAUGGACAGAAAUCCUAGAUUUACCCAGACCAAGGGCUGAUCACGCAGCGUGUGCGAAUGGGUUGAACUUAUAUGCUUCAGGGGGCAUCAGUAAUUUGAAGCAUCAAUGUUCUAACGUUUUUUGGACAUACGACCCCAUCACUAAUGAAUGGACAGAGCCUCUUCCUGGAGUAAUUCUUCCACAUGAAAGAGAAAAACAUAAUAUGAUUUCAGUUGGCAAAAGAGUGGUAGUUAUAGGAGGACGUGGAUUUGAUCAAGAAACUUUCUCAGAAAAAGACGAGGGAGCCGUUUGCAGUUUUAAUACCCAUACGAAAGGCAAUGCGAGAAAAGACGGGAUUUGGGAUAUAUUCCAUCCUAAUGUGUUCAAUCCAAGAGGAAAUGCUGGUGUUGUACUGUUGGGAAGAAAUGUGUACCUGAUAGGUGGUAAAAGCUACCAAAAGGACUGUGAUGUUAGAAUGGUUGAAUGCUAUAACACAAAGAGGCGGAAGAUUAGAGAAUCGUUUCAACUACCAGACAGUUUUAGCUAUGUCAACGUAGAUUGUGUUGUACUAAAAGUACCUAUUACAAAUACAGAUAUUAAUUUUGAUGACAUAUUGUUGUAUGAUAAAUGGAUAAUGUGGUAGAAUUUAACACUAGUCUAUUAUGUCUUGCCUAAAAUUAAACUAUCCAGUUUUACACUGUACCUCGAAAUAUGAAAAGCUUUACAACGAGUUCAAAGUAUAUUUCUUUUGUUUUAAGAAAAGUCGUUUCGAUAAAAUACGGUCAUUUUAGAUGCAAUUUAUAUUUUUAUGCAAGUGCUAACAUGUUUAAUGAUAACAAUAAAUAUAAUUAUUUG